AUGAAGUGCAAAAGUGAGAGUCAGCUAUUGUCAGAAGAUGUGGUAAUUGAUGUUCUCACAAGGUUGUCUGUGAAGUCGCUUCUGAGAUUUAGGUGUGUGUGCAAACAUUGGUACUCCCUCAUCAUAAACUCUAGAUUCAUUACAAAUCACCUCCACCAGAGUAGCAACAGUGCUCGUCUCCUUGUUUAUCAUUACACUACUACCGCUGAAAAAAAUAUUAUUUUUUCCCUAUUCCUGGAUGAAACGCUUGCUAGCUUCUUGCUUCUACACUACGAUUUUGAUGAUGUUCAGGUCCCCAAUGAACUAGGUAUGUUGGGUAGCUUUAAUGGCAUACUUGGUCUUUGGCAUUGGGACCGCAUAGCUCUUUGGAACCUGGCUACAAGAGAAUUCAGGAAAGUCCUUAUGCCCAAACCUCACCUUCCAUCCCAUUUUUAUGUUUAUCAUUGCUAUUAUGGAUUGGGGCUCGACCCUGCAACAACCGAUUACAAAGUGGUCUUGAUUAGAAAUUACUGGGAUAGGGAGAAGAAUGAUCCAUAUUUUCCUAGAGUUGUUACCGUGUAUAACCUAUUUACGGAUUCUUGGAGACUCUUCGAGGAUUCGUCUCCAUCUAGUUUCGUAUAUGAGUCUUCAUCCAACACAUACAUGAAUGGACUUUAUUAUUGGUUGACCAAUGAUGAUACUAAUCAAUUCUAUGCAAUCCUUUCAUUUGACAUGAGAAAUGAGGUUUUCCGACAUGUACCCGGGCUUCCAAAUCUAUCCCAAAUGGAAUGUGGGGUCGUAGUCAUGUACAUUGAUUCUAUUGCUUUGAUCUAUUUUGAUAGGCAAAAGGCUGAGAAACAUUUUGAUAUAUGGGUGAUGGAAGAAUAUGGAUGUUGGACUAAACAACUAACUAUCGGGCCCCUUCUAGACGUUGAGUGGCCACUGGGAUUCUGGAAAAACGGUGAGCUUUUCUUAAAAACUGGUACUGAAGAUUUGGUUUUGUAUGACCAAAAUACCCGAGAAAUUAAGAAUCUCCAACAUCAUGAGUGCGAUAUUUUUAUGUACAAGGAGAGUCUAGUUUCAGUCAGUGGAGAAAACAAAGGACGGGAAGGGGAAGAUAGGUCCAAUAUGGCUCGACUUAAAGACUCUUUACCAUUUCAUCCCCGUGGCACACAGAAAAUUUCGAACGGCUGA